AAGAGCCGAGGCUUAGAGGUGCCGAGGAGCCGAAGAGCCGAGGCGUAGAGGAGCCGAGGAGCCGAAGAACCGAAGAGCCGAGGCUUAGGGGAGCCGAGGAGCCGAAGAGCCGAGGCUUAGGGGAGCCGAAGAGCCGAAGAGCCGAGGAGGCGGGGUCGCUGCUGCAGUGGGGCAGGUGGCGGCGGCGGAGGUGGCAGCGGGAGCCUUCCCCCUGCACCGGCUCCAUCGUCCCCGGCAACGGUUUAUUCCAAAUAAGGAUUUCAGUAUAAAAGCACCUACAGUUCUAUCAAUGGUUGGGAAAAGAUAGUGGUCAGAAGCCAAAGGGAAAACCGCCUAUAAUUUAAGAAGAAAGAAGAUGAGUCUGUUAAAGCCAAGUGGGCUUAAGGCCCCUACCAAGAUCAGCAAGCCUGGGGGCCCAGCCUCAAAAACAGCUGCAGUUGCUGCUGCUCCUGUAGAAAAAGCUGUAGCCAGUGAGAAAACUUCAAGCACACCUUCCUCAGAGACCCAGGAUGAGUUUGUGGAUGACUUCCGAGUUGGAGAGCGGGUUUGGGUGAAUGGGAACAAGCCUGGAUUUAUCCAGUUUCUUGGGGAGACCCAGUUUGCCCCAGGCCAGUGGGCUGGGAUUGUUUUAGACGAACCCAUCGGCAAGAAUGAUGGAUCGGUGGCCGGAGUUAGGUAUUUCCAGUGCGAACCUUUACGGGGCAUAUUUACGAGGCCUUCAAAGCUGGCGAGGAAAGUGCUGACCGAAGACGAAGCCAAUGGCACCCAGGUUACUUCGGCUUCCCGAGCCGCAUCCCCUCUGUCCACCUCCACCACCGCUAGCCUGGUGUCUUCAUCCGCGGCGACACCUGCCCCAUCGGGCAUUCCCCAGAAAGGUCCGCUGCCCAUGGCCGCCAAGGAACCUUCUACCGCUUCUCAAAUCAGCAACCUCACUAAAACUGCCAGUGAAUCCGUUUCCAACCUCUCGGAAGCCGGUUCGGUUAAAAAAGGAGAAAGAGAGCUCAAAAUCAGAGAUAGGGUUUUGGUCGGUGGUACAAAGGCAGGGGUGGUACGGUUUCUGGGAGAGACAGACUUCGCCAAAGGGGAAUGGUGUGGUGUAGAGCUUGAUGAGCCCCUGGGAAAGAACGAUGGAGCAGUUGCUGGGACAAGGUAUUUUCAGUGUCAACCGAAGUAUGGCUUGUUCGCCCCUGUCCACAAAGUGACCAAGAUCGGCUUUCCCUCCACUACCCCGGCCAAAGCCAAGACCGCCGUGAGGAAGGUGAUGGCGGCAUCGGCCAGCCUGAAGCGCAGUCCUUCGGCCUCGUCUAUCAGCUCCCUGAGCUCGGUGGCCUCAUCCGUAAGCAGCAAGCCCAGUCGUACAGGACUAUUGACCGAAACAUCUUCACGCUACGCCAGGAAGAUCUCCGGCACCACCGCCCUCCAGGAGGCUCUGAAGGAGAAACAGCAGCACAUCGAGCAGCUGCUCGCAGAGCGGGAUCUGGAGAGGGCGGAGGUGGCGAAAGCCACAAGCCAUGUGGGGGAAAUAGAGCAGGAACUAGCCCUGGCCCGGGAUGGACAUGAUCAGCACUCCUUGGAAAUGGAAGCAAAGAUGGACCAGUUGCGUGCUAUGGUGGAAGCUGCUGACCGGGAAAAGGUGGAGCUUCUCAAUCAACUGGAGGAGGAGAAAAGGAAGGUUGAGGACCUUCAGUUUCGUGUGGAGGAGGAGUCGAUUACCAAAGGCGAUCUUGAGCGAAAGAGCCAGAUUUCUGAAGAUCCUGAGAAUACGCAGACCAAACUGGAGCAUGCCCGCAUUAAGGAGCUUGAACAGAGCCUGCUCUUUGAAAAGACCAAAGCUGACAAACUCCAGAGAGAGUUAGAAGACACUAGGGUGGCCACAGUGUCCGAAAAAUCUCGUAUCAUGGAAUUAGAAAGAGACCUAGCACUUCGAGAGAAGGAAGUAAUUGAGCUCCGGAGGAGAUUAGAGUCUAGUAAACCAGCUGGUGAGGUGGAUGCUUCACUCUCCCUCUUGCAAGAGAUCAGCUCUUUACAAGAAAAGCUAACGAUCAUCACCAAUGACCAUCAGCGUGAAAUAACUACCCUGAAGGAGCGUUUUGGAGCCAAUGAAGAGACUCAUCAGAAGGAGCUGAAAGCGCUUCUCAUAUCGACUGAGAAGCUCAGAAAGGAGAACGAGUCAUUGAAAAGUAAGCUCGACCACGCCAACAAGGAGAAUUCGGAUGUGAUAGCUCUGUGGAAGUCAAAGCUAGAAUCUGCUAUUGCUUCCCAUCAGGGGGCAAUGGAAGAACUCAAGGUGUCUUUCAGCAAAAGUGUUGGAGCCGACUCAGCUGAGUUUGCUGAACUAAAGACACAGAUUGAGAAAUUGAGACUAGAGUAUCAAAGUGAAAUGGAAAACCUGAAGUUGAAACAAGACAGUGAACGGUCUGCUCAUGCUCAAGAGAUAGAAGCCUUGAAAGUUAAGCUAAAGGAAACCAUCGAGGAAAAGGAGAGAAGCCUGGAAGCCAUCAACUCCAAACUGGAAAACGCCGAAGACCAGCAUCUAGUUGAAAUGGAAGACACUUUAAACAAAUUGCAGGAAGCUGAAAUAAAGGUAAAGGAGCUAGAGGCACUGCAAGCCAAGUGCAAUGAACAAACCAGAGUUAUUGAUAGUUUCACAUCCCAGCUCAAGGCUACCGAAGAAAAGCUUUUGGACCUUGAUUCACUUCAGAAAACCAGUUCCGAAGGUAAAUUGGAAAUCCAGCAACUUAGCCAGAAGCUCGAGGCAGCUGAGAAACAGAUUAAAAAUUUAGAGAGUGAAAGGAAUGCUGCGAGUAGCAAGGUUAGUGGCAUAACCAAAGAACUACAGGGGAAAGAGCUAAAACUCAUUAAUCUUCAGAAAAAUAUGAGUGAAGUCAGUCAAGUGAAAGAUACUUUGGAAAAGGAACUUCAGCACCUGAAGGAGAAGUUUGCUGGAGCUUCAGAAGAUUCAGUGAAUGUUCAGCAGACUAUGCAAGAAACCCUUAAUAAACUUCACCAGAAAGAGCGAGAGUUUACCACCCUGUCUUCUGAGUUGGAGCAGUUGAAAUCUAAUUUGACAGAUAUGGAAGAAAAGUUUAAUGAGCGGGAAGCAAAAGAACAACAGUUGAUCAAGGCGAAGGAAAAAUUGGAAAACGACAUUGCGGAAAUCAUGAAGUCCUCAGGAGAUCAUUCUUCUCAGCUGACUAAAAUGGUUGAAGAAUUACGGCUGAAAGAAAGGAGUGUGGAAGAACUACAGUUACAACUUUCAAAAGCCAAUGACAAAACAGCUUUUCUGGAGAAAACUAUGGGGGAGGCAACACUUAAAGCUGAGCAGAAGCAGAAGGAGACAGCUAUAAAGCAUCAGGAAGAAAAGAAAAACAUGCAAGAGAAACUGAUAGACCUGGAAAAGCAAAUGGAAAUGCACCACAAUCAUUGUAAGGAUCUCCAGGCCAGGUACGAAAAAUCCAACUUGGAAACAAUUGCAAAGCAUGAAGAGACAUUGCAAACAAUGCAGAUAGCCUUAUUGGGUACAGAAGAAAUGCUGAAAAAUGCACAGAAGAAGAACGGUGAUUUGGAAAAAGAAGUGGAGGAACUGAAAAUUGAAGCUGAUAAAGCCAAAUCUUUAACCUAUUUGUUAGCGUCAUCUAAAAAAGAGAUUGAACUAAUGUCAGAAGAGAUGAGGGGUUUGAAAUCAGAAAAGCAGCUGAUUGCACAGGAGGGAAAUGAUUUAAAAUUAGAAAAAGGCUCACUGUUGUCCCAGCUUUUAGAGAUGGAGGCAAAGCUGACUUUAUUGCAGGAAGAUCAGCAAAAGCUAUGGUCAAUAAAUGAAGAACUUAAUACAGAAAAGGAAAAACUCCUGGGAGAAAAGCAAGAUGCUGAGGUGAAGUACCAGCAAGAACACCUCAGCAAUGAAAAGUUAGCUGUGGAGCAAGAUAAAUUGCUUUCAGAAAUCAAUAGUGCCCAGGUGGAACUCUUGAAGAUAAGUGUGGAAAAUGACAGCCUGCAAGCUUCCAAGACGACGAUGCAUGCUCUGAUGGAAGAACUACAGAUCAGUAAAGAUGCUUUGAUUGCUGAAUCCAAGGAGAACCAGAAAGAGAAAGAACAGCUGGAAAAUCAGCUGAAAGAACUUGCCAAUGAAAACACCACUCUGGCUAAAGAUAAAGAUACAAUCAUUCACAAGCUUCAGCACUCAUAUGAGGAAUUAGCCCUAGAUCAAAAAAAUUUGAUGCAGAGCGUUGAAGAUCUCACAGCAGAGAGAAAGUCAGCCUUGAAGCUGCAGUCAGAUCUCGAGAAUACUUGCAGAGCCCUAGAGAAAGAGAAAGAUGGCCUUUUCCAAAGCAUCAAGGACCUACAGAUUGAGAAGAACACUUUACUCAAAGGCCAGGAAAAACUGAAUGCUGACUUGGAAAUGACCCUUCAUAACAAACAGGUACUUAGUUCAAAGACCGAUGAGCUGCAAAAAGAAUUGGAUGCUGCCUAUAAGGCCCUGAGGAAGGCAGAGAAGGAGACUACAGAGAUUCAGGCUUCACAAGCAAGCUUCUCCAAACUUUUUGAAGAGAUUAAGACCAGUAGAGAGGUAACAGAUUCCGAAUGCAUCCAGCUCCUGCAGGAGAAGGAAUCCCUGCUGUUAUCAGAGCGGAGACUUUUAGUUGAAAGAGACGAUCUCUUAAGUGAAAAUAAAGCCCUCACUGAGAAGCUUGCCAAGAGCUCAGAAAACGCUGCCUACAGUGAGACAUCUCUGAAUGAGAAAAUCUUGUACUUGACCUCUGAGAAGGAACUGGCAUGUCAAAUGUCUUCAAAGCUCAAAAAGCAAUGUGACAUUCUCGUGAAAGAAAAGUCCUCAUUAGAAAUGCAGUGUGGAGAGCUGUUUGCAGAAAAAGAAGUUUCUCUCAAAGCCAUAGGAGAUCUGAAGCGGAAAUACGAUCAGGAGACGGCAACCAGGAGAAUUGUCGUUCAGGAGAAAAUGAAGCUUCUGGAUAGUAUUGAUACUCUAAAGGAGGAACUCAAAGAGGUGAAGAAAGAAAAUCAUGCACUAAUGAAUUCUAAAUGUGAUCUCUCGAUGUUGCUCAAAGAGGCUCAGAAUGCCAAAAAAAGUUUGGAAAAAGAACACAGUAGCAUACUGCAUGCUAAAGAGGCCUUGGAUCUUGCACUUAAAACUUGCUACUCUGAAAAGGAUGUAUUGCUCAAGGAUGGGCUUAGCCUUCAGGAAGAGUGUCAGAAAUUGAACGAAGAGAUCAUCGUGUUGCAGCGGAGUUUAGCCCGUGAACGGGAAGCAAGGGAGGUGGAGAAAGAAUCCUCUUUGUCAGAAAACAAUAAACUCCAAGGAAAAACUGUUCUGUUGGAACAGGAAAUAGAAGAGCUAACCACUUUAAAUAAGGAGCUGCAGUCUGAGAAACUGGUUCUGGUCCAGGAGAAAGAGAAAGCAGAGCACAAAGUUGCAGUGAUCAUUAAGGAAAAGGAAGUUCUGAGUGCAGAGACCUCCCAGUUUGCUGCCAAAAUUGAGAAACUGAAGAGCGAUUUUGCUUCCUUGAGUAAAUCCAAGUCCGAACUGCAAGACCUGCACAGUAGCGUCACCAAAAUCCUGGAAGACCUUCGGCUGAACCAUGAAGCAACCACUGCUGAGCGAGCCAAACUCUUGCGGGAAAAUGAGAUCCUACGAGCGGAGCAGAAAGUUCUAGAGGGAAAGGAGAAAGAGAUCCUGAAAGAGAAGGAGAAGCUGGAUGAAGACCACUUUUCCCUGCAAAAAGAAGUUAGCCAGCUAGUCAGAACCAACAGUGAGCUUUCAGCAAACCUCCGUGAGUCCCAGAAUGAGAACCUCACCUUACGGAAAGACAAGAGCAAGUUUUCUCUCAGAAUAAAAGAGCUGGAAGCCCUUCAGAAGUGCACGGUUGCUCAAACUGCAGAAGAUGCUUUGCAGGUAAUGGAGCAGAUGACCAAAGAGAAGACAGAAACCCUGGCUUCCCUGGAGGACACCAGGCAAAUUAAUGAGAAACUGCAAAAUGAAUUGGAUACACUUAAAUGUAACAAUUUGAAAAAUGUGGAAGAGCUGAAUAAGUCAAAAGAACUUCUGAGUUUAGGGAACCAAAAAUUGGAAGAGUUCAAGAAAGAACUUGAAGCCCUGAGGUUGGUGGCAGCUCAGAAGUCCCAGCAGCUCUCCACGUUGCAAGAGGAGAACAUUAAACUUGCCGAGGAGCUUGGAAGAAGCAGGGACGAAGUCACAAGUCAUCAAAAGCUGGAAGAGGAGAGAUCUGUACUCAAUAACCAGUUGUUAGAGAUGAAAAAGAGCUUGCCCAGUAACACUUUAAGAGAAUCCGUGUUAAAAAAAGACACUGAUGAAGAGAGAGCUUCCUUACAGAAAUCCAUCAGUAUUACUAGUGCCUUGCUCACAGAGAAGGAUGCAGAACUGGAAAAACUCAGAAAUGAGGUUACACUGCUCCGGGGAGAAAAUGCCUCUGCCAAGUCCUUGCAUUCCGUUGUUCAGUCACUAGAGUUCGAUAAAGUGAAGCUGGAGCAAAAGGUGAAGAAUUUAGAGGAAAAACUUAAAGAAAACAAGAAACAGCUUCCUGAUGUAACCAGCCUCUCAGGUGAUGUUGCUGCCACCCAACAAGAAGAUGAAGAAAAAGCACAGGAGAGCCAGCAAAUGAUUGAUUUCCUAAAUUCUGUCAUUGUGGAUCUUCAACGGAAGAACCAAGACUUAAAGAUGAAGGUGGAGAUGAUGUCAGAAGCAGCUCUCAAUGGAAAUGAGAAUGAAACAAUUAAUUAUGACAGCGACGAACAAGAGAAGCAGUCCAAGAAGCCGCCCCGGCUCUUCUGCGAUAUUUGCGACUGCUUUGAUCUCCACGACACCGAGGACUGUCCGACGCAGGCUCAGGUGUCCGAGGAGCCCCCCCACUCCACACACCACGGGAGCCGGAGUGAAGAACGCCCAUACUGUGAGAUCUGUGAGAUGUUUGGGCACUGGGCAACUAAUUGCAAUGACGACGAAACCUUCUAAUGCAACCCAAGGGCAGGGCCGCCAUCUUUACCGGAUACGCCAACAGCGGACGGUUUCACACCAGCAUUUGAGUGUGUGCAGAUGUCAGGAAAACGUGCAUUCUUUCUGACCUUCAUCGACAAAUCUGAAAAAGGAUUCUAUCCGUGCUUAAACUUUUUCCCCCUCGGAUAAGCUAAAGUCAAAAUAAUACACAACUGACUAAUUAGGUGACUUGUCACCUCUUAUUUAUCCUUUGGAUUUGUUUUAUUUUUGACAGGACACUGCUCUGGAUGCCUUUUGAUGUAUUAUCCCUAGGGGAACCUUUGAGAGCACAGGACUAUUCCUAUGCUGUUAAUCUUAUUUAAAUAACUUAAAAUUAUGCUGUUAAUUUUCACAUUUGCACUAAAAUAUUUCAAGCUGCA